AUGCUUGAUGAAGCCACUGACAUUACCAAUUUAUGUCAGUUGUCAUAUGUGUUUCGGUAUUCAUUGGAUAACAAGGUAUAUGAACGGUUCUUAGGGUUUGAAAACGUCUCUCAAGAUAGAACAGCAGAAGCACUUUACAAAUUUGUUACAAAUCUUAUGCAAAAAUAUGAAUGUGAAAGCAAAAUAGUUGCUCAGACCUAUGAUGGUGCUGCUGUCAUGGCUGGGGAGUUGAAUGGCCUGCAGUCAAGAGUUAAGGGAAAAUAUCCAACUGCUUUAUUCAUACACUGUUUUGCCCACAGACUAAAUUUAGUUUUAUCACAAGCAAUGGCAAAAAUAAGUAAAUUCAAAGUAUUUUUCAUGACCUUGAAUGGAUUGUCAGCCUUUUUCAGUAAAUCUACCAAAAGAACACACGCUCUUAAUCAAGAAAUGACCACGAGAAAACUUCCGAAAGUGUCAGCCACUCGUCGGAAUUAUGCAUCAAGACUAGUUGAAACUGCGUUUGAGUGUAAAGAAUCCCUUAUCGCUGUAUUCGAGAAAAUGAGAGAUCCCGAAUCUGAGUGGGAUCAAGAGUCAUAUAACCGUGCAGGGGGAUUUUUAUCAUCGAUGACUGAUUUUAAUUUUUGCUUUCUCUUAAAUCUUUUUGCAUCAUUUUUCCCAUUGUCAGAUACACUAUUUGAUAUACUGCAAGCAAAAAUUCAUGAUGUUGGUUAUUGUGUCAAAAAAGUGAAUGAUUUUCGCCUGGCUUUGGAACAGAAGAGAGAAGAGUUUGAGAACAUUUGGGAAACAACAAAGAACUGUGAUCACAUAAAUGAAAAUGAACCCAGAUUUAAGAGACAAAAAGGAAAUGUUGAUGUGAAGACGUCAUUCUCACGACUUUAUGUAGAAAUAUAUGACACGAUACUUAACCAGGUUAAUAUCAGAUUUGCAAAUUUGGAUUCAUUAAGAUUCUUAGAGCUUUUACACUCUCCAUCAUUCUGUGAGUUUACUAAGUUUGGGCAAUUUCCAGAGCUUGCUUUUCAAUCGCUGAAGUGUAGCUAUGAUAAUUUCUUUGAUUUUUUAUCACUGAAAUCGCAACUUAGAGUUGUUUACAUGUCAGAGGAAUUCAAAGAUAAUACUAUAACAGAAAUUUUAAGUUUUAUAAAGCUGAAUGACUUGGAAAAGGCUUACAAUGAAGUAGCAAGACUUUGUGAAUUAAUUUUAACAGUUCCAGCAACGACUGCAUCUGUAGAGCGCAGCUUCUCUGCUUUGAAGCGAAUUAAAACGUACUCAAGAAAUUCUCAAGGUCAAGAAAGAUUGCAAAGUUUAGCCCUUCUAUCAAUUGAAAAAGAAGUAUUGCAUAAUCUUCAGAGCAAGCCAGAAUUUUACACCAAAGUUACUGAUCAUUUUGCUCGUAAGCCAAGAAGAAUUCCAUUGAACUAUGUUUAA